UGUCAUAUCGUAUACAUGGGUUGUUAACAACUUCACAUUAGUCACUUUCUGCUCAAAUCUCACACAUACAACAUGGCCAGUGUUUGGACUAAAUACAAUCGUAAUUUAGUUGUUUUAGUUGCUUGCUUUUAUGGUAUUCAUGGUUUUCAAACAAGAAUACGUCGAAUAAUGACGCCCCAAGGAGGAGGGAGUGACUCAAUUCCGAAUCCCCAAGUAUGGCCAGUGCCAUUUUAUUCUAACAAUGGACUAAUUAUUACACAACCAUCAGUGCAACCAGUACAAACAGCGGAGCCAGUACAACCAGUAGUUACGCCUGCAACACCAAUUGUCACUCAAACUUCACCGCAGCCGCCAGCUACCAUUGGUACUGUAAACAAUAUUAAUAUAUCACCUGCACCUAUUGUCGCCAACUUUAAGGCUCCAAAUACACCAAAUCAAUUACCACCAAUACACGAAACACCUAUUAUAAAUCCUGACUGGAUGAUUAAUUACGCCGUAAAUCCUCCGCUUACUGUUCCCCCAGUUACUAGUGCUACUGCAGCAACAAGUGCUGCUCCUGAUGUAUUUAUUAUCGAUCCACAAUAUAUGAUAACCCCGGCCCCAUAUAUACCUCCUCCUGUGGUUUCAACUGUUGAAACUAAUUCUCCCGUUUCCACAUCUACAUCUUUAUCCACUACCGAAUCUGUUCAAACUUCAACUCCACUUCCAAGCAGUACUUCUAGUAUAACUACCGUGUCCCCAACUGUUGCUUCCACUUUAGCUGUUACAAAUAUGACGUCUACUUCCACUGUUACUACUACUAGUCCCGCUUCUGUUACUAGUACCACUACUACUACGUUAGAUACUAAGAUGUCUUCUACUGUUCUUUUAAACACAACCGUAACAACCCAGACCCCGUUCACAUCUGUCCUUCUUAACUCUACCAGGAAUUCACGAAAUAGUACUACUUUAUCUUUAACUGAUACACCAUUCACAUCCGCUAUCGUAACACCUAGACCUAGACCAGAACCUAUCAUAUCUACUGAGUCUACCCUUAACGGCAUAUCAACAGCUACUCCUUGCGAAAAUCCUUCCACACUUAGACCUCUUGGUCUCGACUGCAACUAUACCUUUAAACCACCACAAUUAGCCAACCAAGUACUUGUAGUAAAUCCCAGCGGCACUGCUUCAAUCUUUCAAGUAGAGCUUCCGGCUGUGAUCAAGUUUGAUCUGAAUAUAACAUCUAUGCCUAAUUAUAUUGUUAGCGUAUCGCCAGCGACUGACGUUGGAUCCGACGUUAUAGAAAUAGUUAGUGCAACUUCUGCUAGCUUAGUAUCAUCCACAGACACAUUUGCUUCUUCUCUAAAUACUAUUAACAUUGAUCUAUCUGAUCCAAAUCUUAAUACAGGGUGGAGCUCAACAUUAUCUCCCUUUAUUACCAGCCCAGUUGUUCCUCAGCCUUUAAACAGGAUCUCUCAAGAAAAAUGUAUCGAAUAUUCCUCUAGCAGAAGAAGUGCUAGGAAAUCUCAAGUAACGGUGUUUAUAAUCGGAGGGCAAAGUAGCAAACAAAAAGAGUUUCCACAUAUGGCUGCUCUGGGGUAUGGAGUUAAAUCUGAAAACCAAUGGCUAUGUGGAGGCAGUUUGAUAAGUGAAAAUUAUGUCCUUACUGCAGCACAUUGCUUGACAGCACCAUCAUUAGGUGCUGUCCAGUACGUCCGUUUGGGCACCACCACUUUACAAACUGAAACCUUAGACUCAGCUGAUUACAAUGUAGUUCGAAGAAUUCCUUACCCGACUUACGUCAACGGUCGCCAGUACGAUGACAUAGCUCUACUUCAGUUAGACAGACCAGUGCAAUUUACAGAAUAUAUACAACCUAUAUGUCUGUUUGCUUCCACCGACUUAUCUAACGUGCAACUUACUGCUACUGGUUGGGGAAAAACUAGCAAUUACGGCAGUAUUGCCAAAGACUUGCAAAAAGUCGAUCUGGAUUAUGUGCCCAAUGACGUUUGUCAAAAAGCGUACAGUAUAAUUCCUAAAGAUGAGCUGCCAUAUGGAAUCAUAGAUACGUCACAGUUGUGUGGUGGUACACAAGAUGGAUCCAAAGAUACUUGUCAGGGGGACUCUGGCGGACCUCUUCAAGUGCAACAAGAUGGAAGACUGUACAUAGUGGGAAUAACGUCAUUCGGAAUUGGAUGCGGGAAGCCAGGUAUACCGGGAGUGUAUACAAGAGUAUCUAACUAUCUACCUUGGAUCGAGCAAACAGUUUGGGGACGAUAAAUAUAUCAAUCAAUAUGCUACGUACUUCUAGAAUAUUGAUAUUUAAUAAUAAGUUUAUACAAUUUAUUUAAAAAUAAAUUAAUAUUUUAAUAUUUUUCUAAUUUUA